AUGGGGAGGAUGGCGAAGGUCUCUGUUGACUUGGAAGCUGGUCCCGCCCUGCCGCUGCCGUCCGUCGCGCUGUCGCCAAGGAACAGACAGACCUGGUCACACCGAUGGAGCGACCGCCUCUUCGAGCGCCACACCCAUCCGCUCUCCUGUCUGCUGGGCCUCUCCAUCCGGCCGUCCCUGGCGCAUUUCAAGGCGUGGACUGUAAAGAAGCUGGCCGUAUCGUCUUACAGGCGGACGCUGCUGACGCUGCUGCUACUGCAGGUGCUGGGAGCGGCGGCGAUUGUGGUGUCGCUGUUCUUGGAGCCCCUGUCUGUGGGGCAGCUGGUGGUCGUUGGGGUGGGGGGGCUGUGUCUGCUGGGAUUUGUGGCCGUCAACCAAUACUACAGGAGGAAGAUCAGGGAGUAAGUAGGCGGCCGAUCGCUCUCUCUGGUGUGCAUCUCUCCCUUUCCUUUUGCUUGUCUGUCUUGUCUGUCUGUGUGUGAAAUGAAUGUGCAGCUUCUACAACAUCCCUGAAAGCGACAUGUGCGACGACUUCUGCUGCGUCCUCUGCUGCGGACCAUGGUAAACCUUUUCCCUCCUGCCCACACACACAGGCACACGCAUUUGCCUCUCUCCUUCCCUAUCUCUCUUCAGCACCAUUUUGCAAGAGUAUCGGCAUCUGCUGCGUGCCCUCUCGUAUAAGAAGGACAAGCGGCGCCGGUCGUCGCCUCAAGGCUUUGAGCGAAUGGGGCGGACGGGGCUCAUCAUGGUGCCGCUCAACAAGGGCUCUGGCAGUGCCAUUAUUGGUAGCGGCACCACCGUUGCUAGUGGCGGGAGCGGCGAAAGCAAUGGGCCGGGGCUUGGGGUGGGGCUGGGGAUCUCUUCAAAAGGGUCGAGAGUUAGUGCUGCGCCUUCUGUGAGGUUCAGUAUGACAGAACUCUGAUGAAUAAG